UUGGUCUCCACCUAUAUGAUGGUUUGUUCAAGGUCAUACCCUUUGAUAACAAAGGACAACUAAAGGAAGCAUUCAACAUCAGGCUUGAAGAACUUCAAGUUUUGGAUAUCAAAUUUCUGUAUGGCUGUGCAAAGCCCACUAUUGUAGUCUUAUACCAGGAUAACAAGGAUGCACGGCAUGUUAAGACAUAUGAGGUUGCACUCAAGGAUAAAGACUUUGUUGAGGGUCCAUGGUCACAAAAUAAUCUUGAUAAUGGGGCUGGUCUUCUAAUACCUGUUCCUAUGCCUCUUGGUGGUGUAAUAAUUAUUGGGGAAGAAACAAUCGUGUAUUGUAGUGCGGCUGCAUUUAAAGCUAUACCAAUCAGACCAUCUAUUAUAAGAGCCUAUGGGAGAGUUGAUGCGGAUGGUUCUCGAUACUUGCUUAGCGACAAUGCAGGUCUUCUGCAUUUACUCGUCAUCACCCAUGAGAGAGAAAGGGUAACUGGACUCAAAAUUGAACACUUAGGAGAGACCUCUGUGGCAUCAACAAUAUCUUAUCUUGAUAAUGCAGUUGUUUAUGUUGGUUCAAGUUAUGGAGAUUCUCAGCUGAUAAAACUGAAUCUGCAACCUGAUGCGAAAGGUUCGUAUGUUGAAGUUCUUGAAAGAUAUGUCAAUCUUGGGCCUAUUGUGGACUUCUGUGUCGUUGAUCUUGAGAGGCAAGGUCAGGGUCAGGUUGUUACAUGCUCAGGAGCUUAUAAAGAUGGUUCCCUUCGCAUAGUUCGGAAUGGCAUAGGGAUUAAUGAACAGGCAUCUGUAGAACUUCAAGGCAUCAAAGGAUUGUGGUCUCUAAGAUCUUCUACUAACGAUCAAUAUGACACCUUCUUGGUUGUAAGCUUUAUCAGUGAGACACGUAUACUGGCAAUGAAUAUGGAUGAUGAAUUAGAAGAAACUGAGAUAGAAGGAUUUUAUGCACAAGCGCAAACCUUGUUUUGCUACAAUGCCAUGCAUGAUCAACUUGUACAGGUUACUGCUAACUCUGUUCGUUUAGUGAGUUCUACAUCUCGGGAAUUGCUGGAUCAAUGGAAUGCACCUUCAGGGUUCUCGGUCAAUGUUGCCACUGCUAAUGCCUCUCAGGUUUUAUUGGCAACUGGAGGUGGGCAUCUUGUUUAUAUAGAAAUUGGGAAUGACAAGUUGGUUGAAACAAAACACAUACAGCUGGACUAUGAAAUUUCUUGUCUUGACAUAAAUCCAAUUGGUAAAAAUUCUCAUUACAGUUCACUAGCAGCGGUAGGAAUGUGGACGGACAUAAGUGUUAGGAUAUUUUCACUACCAAGCUUGGAACUGCUCACGAAGGAAAAUUUGGGUGGAGAGAUCAUUCCUCGGUCUGUUCUUCUAUGUACCUUUGAAGGGGUGUCCUAUCUGCUAUGUGCUCUUGGAGAUGGGCACCUGUUCAAUUUUCUAUUGAACACAAGUACUGGUGAAUUGUCUAAUAGAAAAAAGGUUUCUCUUGGGACACAACCUAUCACACUCCGUACGUUUUCUUCAAAGGAUACCACACAUGUAUUUGCUGCAUCUGAUAGACCAACAGUCAUCUACAGCAGCAACAAGAAGUUACUUUAUAGUAAUGUAAAUUUGAAAGAAGUUAGUCAUAUAUGCCCUUUUAACUCGGCUGCUUUUCCAGACAGCCUUGCAAUUGCUAAAGAAGGUGAACUUUCAAUUGGAGCCAUUGAUGACAUCCAAAAGCUUCACAUUCGUACAAUCCCUCUAGGGGAACAUGCUCGACGUAUCUGCCAUCAGGAGCAGUCUCGAACAUUUGCCAUCUGUAGUCUCAAGAACUGCCAGACUAGCACCGAGGAAGCUGAAAUGCACUUUGUUCGAUUAUUGGAUGAUCAAUCAUUUGAGUUUAUAUCAACCUAUCCACUUGAUACAUAUGAAUAUGGCUGCUCCAUUAUUAGCUGUUCCUUCUCAGAUGACAACAAUGUUUAUUACUGUGUGGGAACUGCUUAUGUGUUGCCUGAGGAAAAUGAGCCUAGCAAGGGGCGGAUCCUGGUUUUUGUAGUGGAAGAUGGGAAACUACAGUUGAUUGCUGAAAAGGAAACGAAGGGAGCUGUUUACUCUCUCAAUGCUUUCAAUGGAAAAAUGCUGGCUGCUAUCAAUCAGAAGAUUCAGUUAUACAAAUGGAUGCUCCGGGAUGAUGGAUCUCGUGAGCUGCAAUCUGAAUGUGGACAUCAUGGGCACAUACUUGCCUUGUAUGUUCAAACUCGUGGCGAUUUCAUCAUAGUUGGUGAUCUGAUGAAGUCUAUAUCCUUAUUGUUGUAUAAGCAUGAGGAGGGUGCAAUCGAGGAGCUAGCCCGCGACUACAAUGCAAACUGGAUGACUGCUGUUGAGAUUCUCGACGAUGACAUCUACCUUGGUGCUGAGAACAAUUUCAACCUCUUUACAGUCCGCAAGAAUAGUGAUGCAGCAACAGAUGAGGAGCGGGGCCGGCUUGAGGUAGUUGGGGAGUACCACCUUGGUGAGUUUGUCAACCGGUUCCGGCAUGGCUCGCUUGUCAUGCGCCUUCCAGACUCAGAGGCUGGCCACAUACCGACAGUCAUCUUCGGUACUGUCAAUGGGGUGAUUGGUGUUGUUGCUUCUCUCCCUCAUGACCAAUAUGUGUUCCUAGAGAAACUUCAGUCCAACCUCGUGAAGGUUCUAAAGGGUGUAGGUGGGUUUAGCCAUGAGCAGUGGCGUUCAUUCAACAACGAGAAGAAGACAGUAGAUUGUAGGAAUUUCUUGGAUGGAGACUUGAUCGAGUCGUUUCUUGAUCUUAGCCGCAGUCGAAUGGAUGAGAUCUCGAAGGCAAUGGGGGUUUCAGUUGAGGAGCUGUGCAAGAGAGUUGAGGAGCUGACAAGAUUGCAUUAAAAAUGUAAAUCCCCAGGACAAUUUGCUGUUUUUUAGUUUACCAAGGAUGAAAAUCCAGUGCUGCUUAUUGUAUUUUAUUUAGUUUAAUUCGUGUACGAGUAUUUUGUAAUGCAUGCUAUGGUUGCAUUUGGAAGCGACAGUUAUAUUUGAGUUUGUUUCUAUUAUCUUUCCUGGGGCUGGGAUGGCUAUAAUUCAGUGGUAAUACAUUUGGGGGCAUUUUGACUGAUGAA